CCUUGUGGCCCGGAACCUUUGCGAGCGCUCCUGGCUCCGUCGGGGGGACGCUUUUCGCGGACGGACCGGGUGUCCCGGCUCUCGACUCCGGUGCUCCGCUUCGCCCUCUAGUACUAAGGCACGCCAGGGAAAUGCUGGGCCCCUUGAUGUUUCCAAAGAGAACUUGCUUGUUCCAAUUUCUUGCUCGCAGCUCUUGUCCUCUGACGUGGAACUGCCCAGGCCACAGGACUCCUCUCCGUGUUUCCAAGAGCCUUCAUACCAGCAGGAUACCUUGUUGUAAGCAGGUCUCCCCUGUUUUCACCAGGGCAUUGGCCUUUGGAGAGAAAACAGCCAUUGUUGACCAAAAUGGUGAGCACACCUAUCAGGACCUCUAUGCACGAAGCCUCCACCUGUCCCAAAAGAUCUGUCGGACUCUUGGGAACUCGAGCGGAGACCUGAAGGGGGAACGGAUUUCCUUUCUGUGCCCUAAUGAUGUCUCCUAUGUAAUUGCCCAGUGGGCUUCAUGGAUGAGUGGGGGCGUCGCUGUUCCACUGUACAGAAAACAUCCUGUAUCUGAACUGGAAUAUUUCAUCCAGGAUUCUCAGAGCACUCUCCUCAUUGUAGAGGGUGGGUACUUGGAUAAAAUCACACCGAGUGCUGAGAAACUAGGAGUGCCUGUGCUCUCGCUUCCUAAGUCUGGGAAAUCUGAUUCAGUGGUGGAGGGGGCCCACUUGGAAGCCGGCUGCCCCAUUUCAGACUGGGAGGACAGACCUGCCAUGAUCAUCUACACAAGCGGCACCACCGGGAGGCCGAAAGGAGUCCUCAGCACUCAUCGGAAUGUCCAGGCUGUGAUAACCGGGCUGGUUGACAAGUGGGAAUGGAGAAAGGACGAUGUUAUUCUCCACGUCCUGCCUUUGCACCACGUCCAUGGGGUGGUCAACAAGCUGCUGUGUCCCCUCUGGGUGGGCGCCACCUGCAUCCUGCUCCCAGAGUUCAGUGCACAGACGGUUUGGGAGAUGUUCCUGAGCUUUCGGACUCCCCGGGUCAACCUUUUCAUGGCAGUGCCCACCAUCUAUGCCAAGCUGACCGAGUAUUACAACGAGCACUUCCACCAGCCUUAUGUCCAGGAUUUCAUCCGUGCCAUCUGCCAGGAAAAAAUCCGCUUGAUGGUGUCAGGGUCUGCAGCCCUUCCGGUGCCUGUGCUGAAAAAGUGGAAGAGCAUCACGGGGCACACGCUGUUGGAGAGAUACGGCAUGACUGAGAUCGGGAUGGCGCUUUCCAACCCGCUGCAUGGCCCUCGCGUCCCAGGGUCGGUGGGGACUCCCCUGCCUGGAGUGAAAGUACGGAUUGCCACGGAAAGCACCCCGCAGGGUGGCUCUGCCUACAUUGUCCACGCCGAAGGCGACGAGUGGGGCACCAAGGUGACCCCUAGGAUGGAUAACAAAGAAGGGGAACUCUUGGUGAAAGGGCCUUCGGUGUUUCGGGAAUACUGGAACAGACCUCAGGAGACCAGGGACGCCUUUACACCUGACGGCUGGUUCAAAACAGGUGACACAGCUGUGUACAAGGGUGGCACCUACUGGAUCAGGGGCCGGACUUCGGUGGACAUCAUCAAAAGUGGAGGCUACAAGAUCAGCGCCCUGGAAGUCGAGCGCCACCUUUUGGCUCACCACAGCAUUGCCGAUGUGGCUGUGAUUGGCGCCCCGGACGUGGUGUGGGGUCAGAAGGUCACGGCCGUGGUGAAGCUCUGCAGUGGCCACACCCUGUCCCUGAGCAGCCUGAAGGAAUGGGCCAGGGAGUUCAUGGCGCCCUACACCAUUCCCUCCGAGCUGUUCCUGGUGGAGGAAAUCCCCCGCAACCAGAUGGGCAAAGUGGACAAGAAGCAGCUUCUCCGGCACUUCUACGGUUCCUAGCGCAGGGGUGGUGCCCGAGAAGGGGGAAGCUCUGCGGCCUCACCUGGGCCCCGAAGGAGGCGGCCGAAGCCCUUCGGGUUCUUCCAGGAGCGCCUCUGAGCCGUCAUCGCCUUCCCGACGCCCUGCUCGCUUCCUUGAGUAUCGACAAGCCUUUGGCUCAUUUAUCGUCAGGUGUCAAGCCUGGAUAGAAUCUGUGAUUCAUUUUCAGGAACUGUAAAUCAAAGUCUUACAA